AUGCACUUGAUUGAAAGGCAACUGCAGAAUGCAGUGAACAAACUAGUUUCCUGGUGUGAAAGAAAUGGGCACACUCUUUCUUCAGAAAAGAGUCGUUGCGUACAUUUCUGCCGGAAACGAAACAUGCACCCAGAUCCUAUAAUUAACAUUCAAGGAAACGCCAUUCCUGUUGAGGAUGACGUGCGAUUCUUGGGAGUGAUUUUUGACAAAAGACUCACUUUCCUUCCGCAUAUUCUAUAUCUGCGAAAGAAGUGUGAGAAAUCUCUUAAUAUCCUAAAAGUGCUGUCAAAUACUUCAUGGGGAGCCGAUCGCCCAUCCCUUCUCCGAAUAUACCAAGCCGUUAUUUUAUCCCGUAUAGAUUACGGUUGCAUGAUAUAUGGUUCAACACGCCCUUCUGUUUUGCGCAGGCUUGAUACGGUGCAUCAUUCUGCCCUGAGAAUUUGCUCUGGUGCUUUCCGCACAUCACCUGUAGAAAGCUUAUAUGUCAUCUGCAAUCAAAUGCCUCUAGAUCUGCAACGUCGGAAAUUAAUUGCACAAUUUUAUUUCCGAGUGCAGUCGAUUCCGAAACACCCUGUUAGGCAGUUGUCUCUACCAGUUGGUCUUCGUAGACUAUACGAUGCACGCCCCUCUCACAUUCUUCCCUAUUGUGAGAGAGUAAAAAUUCUGCUGAAUGAUUCGGCACUCCAUGAGACUACAAUUCAACCUAUUAAUUACUUUUCUUUCCCACCUUGGGAUACUCCAAAUUUCUCAUUCUUGAACCCGUUUACGGGAUUUGACAAAUCCACAACAGCGCCUAUUAUCUUUCAGAAGCUCUUUCAAGAUCAUCGCAGCCAGUAUUAUUCGUACACAGAAGUAUUCACUGAUGGGUCAAAAUCUAAUAGUCAUGUCGGUAGUGGUGUUGUUUUACCUACUCAGACAUAUAGCUACAGUUUGCCCACAUUAUUAUCUGUUUUGACUGCUGAAUUGGUUGCAAUAACACAUGCCCUUGAAGUGAUUUCAACUUCUUGUACACGCACCUUUUGCAUCUACACUGACAGCAAGAGUGCUUUGGAAUCUCUUUCCAAUUUCAGUUAUUUAAUGCAUCCGAUUGCUUUGGAAAUCCUGGUUUUUCUUCAGUCCCUUGAAAACAAAGGGUUCGAAAUUCUAUUCUGCUGGGUUCCGAGCCAUGUCGGAAUACCUGGAAAUGAAAUGGCAGAUGCUGCAGCAAAAUCCUCAAGCACUUUUCAUGAGCGAGCGCUUCCGAAUGGCGAUGCAAAAACAUGUUUUGCUCGGCACGUUCACAUGUUGUGGCAACGAUCUUGGGAUCAGCAGAUUUCUAACAAGCUGCAUUCUCUCCAACCAAUGAUUUGCUUAUGGCCUACCAUUCCAGUGCGUGGGCUUGAUGUAAAAUUGGUUCGGCUCCGCAUUGGUCAUUCACGAUUCAGCCGUAAACACCUUUUAUUUGGUGAACCAUGUCCAAAAUGCACGACAUGCCAUACAGUUUUAAGUGUACGUCAUGUUUUAAUCGAUUGUCCUGCUUUUAAUAAUCAACGGUUACGAUUUUUUAAUACAGUGUCUAUAGACAUGCUUGAACUACUGGGUGAGAAACCUCACUCUAACAUUUUUAAAUUUCUGCAGACCAUUGGUUUGAUGCAUUUUAUUUAA